AUGUCGGGGGACCGAAGAAAGAACACGGCCAGUGGCAAAGACAUAGCCCCGUUGCUACAGGCAGCUUUUGGUACUGAGGGACCCAAAGCAGGGGAGUUCCCCAGCACAGGGCUUCAGUUUUUGGAAGUCCAUGAGUUUCUCAUCAAGGAACUUUUGCUGGCCACACCGAGAGUCACUGCUGGAUUGGUUCAGGAAGGUUGCAAUGCAUGCUUUCAAGGCCUGGAUCAAGCAGUGGCCAUCUCGUUCAGUCAAGUGGUGGCAAGUGCUUGCAAGUUGGUGUGGGACAAAAAGGGCCAGGUACUGAAUGGUAAGAAGCUCAAGCCGGAUGCUUUGAGAAGGUUGGUCAUGGUGCUGGCCGGGCCCAGGAGGUCUCUUGAGCAAGGGACGUUUUUGAAGAAGCAAAAGGAGAGUGCCUCAGGCUCUGGCUCCCGCCUGUCCACUGGAUCAACAGCCAGCUCCUCUGGAGGUGCUUGUCUUGAGAGCGAGCUCGGUGCCUUGGCAGCCUCCUAUGGCUUGCCAGCAGUGCCGGCCAAGGCAAAUGCUCUUGUCCCGCCAGUUGGUGUUUCAGAUGACGAAUCGCCAAAUGCACCAGCUGCAAUGGAGAUUUCCUCCUCGGAGGAGGUGCCCAGCAGCAGUGCCAAGAGCAAGGCGAAAGCUUCUGCCCCUCAGCAGCAGCAAGCGGCCAGCAGCAAGCGGCCAGCAGCAAGCCACCAGCCAGCAAGCGGCCAGCAGCAAGCGGCCAGCAGCAAGCGGCCAGCAGCAAGCGGCCAGCAGCAAGCGGCCAGCAGCAAGCGGCCAGCAGCAAGCGGCCAGCAGCAAGCGGCCAGCAGCAAGCGGCCAGCAGCAAGCGGCCAGCAGCAAGCGGCCAGCAGCAAGCGGCCAGCAGCAAGCGGCCAGCAGCAGCAAGCGGCCCGCAGCAAGCGGCCCGCAGCAAGCGGCCCGCAGCAAGCGGCCCGCAGCAAGCGGCCCGCAGCAAGCGGCCCGCAGCAAGCGGCCCGCAGCAAGCGGCCCGCAGCAAGCGGCCCGCAGCAAACGGCGGCAGCAAACGGCCGGCAGCAAGCGGCCCGCAGCAAGCGGCCCGCAGCAAGCGGCCCGCAGCAAGCGGCAGGCAGCAAGCGGCCCGCAGCAAACGGCCCGCAGCAAACGGCCGGCAGCAAACGGCAGGCAGCAAAGGGCAGGCAGCAAAGGGCAGGCAGCAAAGGGCAGGCAGCAAAGGGCAGGCAGCAAAGGGCAGGCAGCAAAGGGCAGGCAGCAAAGGGCAGGCAGCAAAGGGCAGGCAGCAAAGGGCAGGCAGCAAAGGGCCGGCAGCAAAGGGCAGGCAGCAAAGGGCCGGCAGCAAAGGGCCAGCAAGCAGCCGGCAGCAAGCAGCCCGGCAGCAAGCAGCCCGGCAGCAAGCAGCCCGGCAGCAAGCAGCCCGGCCGGCAGCAAGCAGCCCGGCCGGCAGCAAGCAGCCCGCCCGGCAGCAAGCAGCCCGCCCGGCAGCAAGCAGCCCGGCCGGCAGCAAGCAGCCCGGCAGGCAGCAAGCAGCCCGGCAGCAAGCAGCCCGGCAGCAAGCAGCCCGGCAGCAAGCAGCCCGGCAGCAAGCAGCCCGGCAGCAAGCAGCCCGGCAGCAAGCAGCCCGGCAGCAAGCAGCCCGGCAGCAAGCAGCCCGGCAGCAAGCAGCCCGGCAGCAAGCAGCCCAGCAAGCAGCAGCAGCCCGGCAGCAAGCAGCCCGGCAGCAAGCAGCCCGGCAGCAAGCGGCCCCGCAGCAAGCGGCCCCGCAGCAAGCGGCCCGCAGCAAGCGGCCCGCAGCAAGCGGCCGGCAGCAAGCGGCCGGCAGCAAGCGGCCGGCAGCAAGCGGCCGGCAGCAGCAAGCGGCCGGCAGCAAGCGGCCGGCAGCAAGCGGCCGGCAGCAAGCGGCCAGGCAGCAAGCGGCCGGCAGCAAGCGGCGGGCAGCAAGCGGCGGCAGCAAGCGGCGGCAGCAAGCGGCGGCAGCAAGCGGCGGCAGCAAGCGGCGGCAGCAAGCGGCGGCAGCAAGCGGCGGCAGCAAGCGGCGGCAGCAAGCGGCGGCAGCAAGCGGCGGCAGCAAGCGGCGGCAGCAAGCGGCGACAGCAAGCGGCGACAGCAAGCGGCGACAGCAAGCGGCGACAGCAAGCGGCGACAGCAAGCGGCGACAGCAAGCGGCGACAGCAAGCGGCGACAGCAAGCGGCGACAGCAAGCGGCGACAGCAAGCGGCGACAGCAAGCGGCGACAGCAAGCGGCGACAGCAAGCGGCGACAGCAAGCGGCGACAGCAAGCGACGACAGCAAGCGACGACAGCAAGCGACGACAGCAAGCGACGACAGCAAGCGACGACAGCAAGCGACGACAGCAAGCGACGACAGCAAGCGACGACAGCAACCGACGACAGCAACCGACGACAGCAAACGACGACAGCAAACGACGACAGCAAACGACGACAGCAAACGACGACAGCAAACGACGACAGCAAACGACGACAGCAAACGACGACAGCAAACGACGACAGCAAAAGACGACAGCAAAAGACGACAGCAAAAGACGACAGCAAACGACGACAGCAAAAGACGACAGCAAAAGACGACAGCAAAAGACGACAGCAAACGACGACAGCAAACGACGACAGCAAACGACGACAGCAAACGACGACAGCAAACGACGACAGCAAACGACGACAGCAAACGACGACAGCAAAAGACGACAGCAAAAGACGACAGCAAAAGACGACAGCAAAAGACGACAGCAAAAGACGACAGCAAAAGACGACAGCAAACGACGACAGCAAACGACGACAGCAAACGACGACAGCAAACGACGACAGCAAACGACGACAGCAAACGACGACAGCAAACGACGACAGCAAACGACGACAGCAAACGACGACAGCAAACGACGACAGCAAACGACGACAGCAAACGACGACAGCAAACGACGACAGCAAACGACGACUUUACCUGCGUAGCCUCCACAGUUUCAUCACAGAACCUGUGAGACAAGCAGAUCCUUGCACCAUGGAGACCGGCGAGGCAGAGCGCAGGCCUGUUAGGGCCUGCGUGGUUGGCUUUCCAGCGCGGCUGGGCACUCGGAAGUGGAGCCUUGGGGCCUUCUUCAUGUUGGUGGUCUUUGUUAUCGUGAUGCAGAACCGUCGCGCCGCCCAAGCGGUUCCAAGUGGCACCCUGGAGUUCAUCGGUGCGAGCACAAAGUGGCUCGACAAGUUUGGUGAGGUGCCCUCCGCCUUCCAACUCUCAGGGAUCGCUUGCCCCUUGAACCACAACGUGAACGGCAAGUACACCUAUCAAGGGAACACGGCAGAUGGACGCCCCUACUACAUGCACAGUGACAUUGAUUCGUAUCUGUACUAUGACAAGGAGUGUGAUGGCGACGCAGAUGGAACAAACAGUCAGUUGAGCGGUUUUUUCUUGAACAUGCAUAAGCCCUCGAUUGUUGCCAAAGAAGAUUUAGAUGGAGAUCGAGACUGCAGGAACGUCGCCUACACGUUGUACCCAACUGCAGAAGAAAUCGAUCGACUCCUCCCGCCAGAAUCGCCUCACAUGCACCACAGCGUUGCAGGCGCCCUCCCGCAAGCCAACACUACUUGGAAAGUUUGGUGUGGUGAAAAGACCGGGUGGGUCUAUGCAGCCCUGAAGCGCACCGCCGCUGUCUACAACAAUCGCGUGGUUUACCCGACUUCCUACAGCACGUCGGACUGCGGGAUUUGCAAAGCCGCCAGACAAGGCAACAUGGCUGAGGUGCAGAAGUGGCUUCACGCUGAUGGAUCGAUGAUUAAUGAGACGGACGGAGGCAUCACUCCGCUGAUGUUUGCGACUUGGGAAGGACAUCUCGACGUGGUAAAGCUUCUCAUCAACGAAAGUGCCCCACUAGAGGCUGUUGACCUGAACGGCAUGACAGCAUUGAUCCAUGCUUGUUCUGCUGGAAGCGCAAAAGUCGCAAAGUUCCUAUGCGAACAUGGCGCGAACUUGGAAGCGAUGGACAACAACGGCCUAACACCUGUGAAGGUUUCGGCUCUGAACGGGCACCUGGACGUGUUAAAAGUUUUGGUGGGUCAAGGUGCACGGCUUGAGUCUGUCGAUCGCGAGGGCCUCACUCCCUUGCUCUGGGCCGUUCGGUCAGGGAAGGAUAUCAUGGCCAGGGACCUGAUCGAGCAAGGGGCUUCCGUGGAACCAAGUAGCCAUGAUGGCAUGACGCCGCUACGAUGGGCCGUGCAGCGUGAGGAUGUGCCGAUGCUGAGGACCCUCAUUCGGAACAAGGCAUCCUUGGAGACUGUCAGCACCGAUGGCCUGACGCCACUGAUGUGGGCAGUCCAGCAUUUUUGGAAACGAAAGGUGAAGCUGUUGCUCGACCAGGGUGCGUCAGUGAACAGGAGUGCCAAAGAGUUCACACCAGUAGUUUGGGCGGCAAAGCACUCGGACACGCCUAUGGUAAAGUUGCUCAUUGAGCACGACAAAGCCUCCGUGAAUUCAACGUCCAAUGGCUUGACGGCCAUGAUGUACGCGGCAAAGAGCGGAGCCAAAGGCGUGAUGCAGGUGCUACGGGAAGGAGGGGCCUCAGUAAACGCCAAAGGCCAGCUUGGCCAGACACCCUUGAUGCUUGCAGCAAAAGCCGGCGACUUGAACGCUUUGCAGUACCUGGUGCAGCACAGAGCGGAUCUGGAGGCAGCAGAUGACGAUGGGCGUACAGCCACUUCCUAUGCCAGCAACAGAGCAAUCCUACAGUUCUUGAGCUGGAAAGGUGCCGCCCUUCCCUACAACUCUUCGGCAUCCCUUUUGCAGGCUGCUGACGAAGGGAACGUGGAGAAAGUUAAGGCAAUAUUCCAUCAGCAGUCCUUUCUUCCGCAGAAGAACAUGGGCAUGUAUGCAACAGAUGACAGUGGUAUGACCUUGCUGCUUCAUGCGGCAUUCUAUGGCCAGCUACCUGUUGUGAACCUGCUGCUUGAGGAGGGUGUCCGUCUGAGUGUACCAGGAGUCGACGGCCUCACGGCCUUGCAGUGGGCUGCGCUACAUGGUUAUUCCAACCUCACAGACCUCUUUCUUAAAAUGGGAGCACAAAAAGAGGCAACAGGGAGCAACGGGAGCACGCCGCUCAUCUUGGCCGCGGCCCACGGGCACCUAGAAGUCAUGCGCAACUUGCUCCUGUACCAAGCUCAAGUGGAAGGCACCGGCAAUGGGGACCAGACGCCUUUGAUGUGGGCGGCCAAAAGCGGCCAGCUGGAUGCAGUGAAGCUCCUACAGAGGAACGGGGCAAAGCUUCAUAAGCGAGAUUAUCGUGGCUGGACGCCGCUUACUUGGGCGGCAAGGAGUGGAGCAGAACAAACAGUCAAAUAUUUGUUAGGAGAGGGAUCACAGUCUCAGCUGCGUGGCGUGGACGUGAAUGGCCGGACGCUACUGAUGAUAGCUGCUUUGCAUGGACAUUCCCAUGUGGCAAAGCUCCUUGUCGAUCAGGGGGCCAAAGUGAAUCAAAAUGUCAGCAACUUAACGGCCCUGAUGUGGGCAGCAGCACAUGGCCACCCAAAGAUGGUGGAGGUGCUGCACGAUGUGCGGGCAGAUCUGGAAGCUACAGAUCUGAAUGGCAUGACAGCGUUGAUGCAUGCAGCCGUGGAGGGGCAAAUGGAUUCAAUGAAGCUCCUGAUCCAGAAAAGGGCUCUUUUGAACGCCACCGACAACAACGGCCUCACUCCAUUGAUGCAUGCAGCUCUGGCUGGGCAUACGAAUAUUGUGAAGUACUUGAACCACACUGGGCUGACUGGGCUCAAGUGCGACAAGUUUCCGCAUGUUUGGAUACAAUGUGCCGCUCUCUUUUGGUUGUACAGGACCAACAAAUGUGAGAUGCCUGUUUGGAGCCAGACACCAAAGCUUGGGGGACCUUGCCUGGAGAACAUGAGCAAGGAAGAUGCUGUGACAUGGUUAGAUACGAUGCACGGUGAUCCUUUUCAGAAAGAUGAUGCCUACUUUCCUUACACAUUGUACAUGGACCACGACUCCGAGGCUUUCCCAAUUUGGACUCAGCGCACAUGGAUGAGGAGGUGGACAUGGGGUGCCGGAUAUGUCAUAGCAGGGAUACUUGUUGCUUUCUUGAUGCACUCCCUGAUGCUUAAAUGUUCGCACGGUCGACAUGACAUCCCCUAUCGUGCAGUGUGCGCAGUUGAAGGGGAAGCAAGUGUGGAGACUGAACAUGAGUUUCGACAAGGGGCCAAGCUCCUACUGGCACGUGCCCGGCCGCCACAGUAUCAUCGUCUCAGAAAAGCAUUCCGGGCGUUGGAGGUGAUUGUCAAUGUGAUCUGCUGCUUCGGAUUGGGCAUGUCGUUGGUGUGGUGGAUUUGGUGGCUGCCACUUUGCUUUGUCUGCUAUGCAAUCCCGGCCCUCUUCCAGUGGAACUUCUGGACUUUGGUCAGGAAGCCCGUGCUUGUGGUGCCUGCACGGACAUCCACAGGACUUGUUAUUGCGCUCCUGCGCUCCUUGUUCUUGUGGAGCCUUGCCUGCGCUUCCCAUGACAUUCCUAUCGCAGUCUUCUGGAACAUCAGCUACCUUUCACAGGUGUCGGAGUUUCUUCAAGCACUUCGCAUUCAAAACCCGAUGCUCAAGUACGUGAAGAGUUUGUCGCAAUAUGUGUGGCAAAAGAAUGCUUCGCUCACCGUACUUUGGUUGGGGACAUUUUACACACCUUUCACUGCCUAUGACGCCGUUUAUUGGGCUAGCUGUGGAGGCAUUGCCUGCUUCUUCGUGUACGUCCUGGCCCUGCUAAUCACAUGUGUCUACCUUGCAGCCAGGAGAGGAGGAUCAGCUGUGGACUCGGAGACUGACCAGAAGCAACAAAAGACGGAUGACAUGAAGAAAACAGAGGACAUGCUGCAAGAGAUCCAGCACGGUACACGGCCCUUCCAGACCGAGACAAUGGCGUCGGCCAAUAUAAAUGUCUUAGAAGAGAAGUUCUUGCACGCAAAUUGUGGGAUCAUGGAUUCUCUCCUUGUCAAGAUGUUCUUCUUCAUGCUUGACAUAUUACUGGAUCUUGUUGUUAUCCUCAACAAUCUUCAAGCUGGCUGCUUUACUAUCGCCUUCACACUAACAGUGGUGCUCUGCCGAUCGCUGCUAAACCAGAUGGCCACAGGUGGCUUGACAAAGGCUUUCGAAGCUCUAUCUGCAAGUGCCGCCAAGGGCGUGAUGCGGCGCGAUUUGAUAGAUCUCUUUAAUGAGGAGAAGUCCGAAGCUUUUCUGUCACUUUGCGUUUCGUGCUACACCUUUCCGUAUGCGACCCGAUCAAUGCGACAGGUUCUCAUACAGCUUGUCAGUAUCGGGUUCAGUGCAUACAAUGUGCAGGCUUUUCUCUACGAGCAGGUUGACCUGGAUAUGGUGGAUGCAUAG